AUGAUUUUAUAUUAAUAUAAUUUGGGUAGAAUUGUUCAAAUUUAAAUUGGUCUAUUAAUUUAAAAAUUUUGGAUGUCGCAUUUGUAUUUCUUUCGAGUGCUGGUCACUAGUAGCGUCGAUCUUUCGAGUGCUGGUCGCUAGUAGCGUCGAUUUUGAAGAUUCGUCGAUUUUGAAGAUUCGUCGAUUAACACUAGCAUUGCCGAUCUCGAAGAUUCGUCGAUAAAGUCGGUAUACCGAUAGAUUUGUCGAUAUACCGAUAGAGGCAUCACACGUGAGAUGUUCGGUCGAUAAUAUUGAUAAAGUCGGUGUGAAUACUGGUAGAGGCGUCACACGUGGGACGUUCGGUCGAGUCGACAAUAUUAAAUAUUUCAAGUACGCUUUUAUUUACUCUUUUAGUAGGUCUUGGGAUUAAUUUCACGGGUAUGAAAUUUUGAGUUUUUGUUCCUUUUAUUUACUCUUAUUCUUAUUCUUCAAGUAGGUCUUGAGACGGGUAUGAAAUUUUGAAUUUUUGUUCCUUUUACGUUUUCGUAGAUCAUGUGAAACUAGCAUUUUUGGGCAUAAUUCUAUAUUCCUCUUUGAAAACGACGCAAUAAAAUUAUUCUAUUUCCAUCAUAAUUUAUGCUAGCGAGGACGGUGGACAGACAUCUUGUCCCCAACCAGCCCGGCCCCCACAAAUGAUUAUCCCCUCAUGUUUGGUUAUGUAACAAUCAGUUAAUAAUUUAUUGAAUAGAGGAAGAAUUUCUCAUUUUCAUUGACUUAUGUUGGUCUUUACCAAAAUAAAAGCGGACUUUUCGCAAACUUUAAAAACUUAAAGAAAGAAAAAAGACCUUCAUAUAUAUUUUAGUGCCCCUUGUUCAUUGUGCUUAAUAAAAAAGAAAAAGAUUCCAAGUAGGGGUGAACCAUGCGGUAUAAAAUAAUUUUGGGCACUUAUGAGAUAAGAUAGGUUGAAUCUCCUAUUCGCUUUUGGUUUAAGAGGAAGCUUCAUGAAUUUAGUAGUGGAUAAAAAUGAGAAAUAAAGAGGUACGUGAGUCCUACCAACGAUGAUGAUUAUCCUACCUUAAACCCCUUCACUUCAAUCCUAAUUUUAGCCUCUUUGGAAUUAACAAAGGAAAAGGACCAAAUACCGUGAAAUCUCUGGGGUAUUGAAAACCGCUGCCAGGCAAGUCAACCCUCAAAUGGGGUCUCAUCCGAUAAAAUUAUCUCGUGAUUUUAUAAGAAAUAAAAGAAGUAGAAGAAGAAUAGAUCAAAAAAGAAAAACUUUUCUUAAAAAAAAAAUUUCCGGCCAAAAGAAGCUGAACUUUUCACACUUCCAUAGAGGACAGCUAAUAAUGGAGUGCUGCCUCUUAUCUACACAACUUGUGAAUAAACAAAUAGAAUUUUGUUGUAAAAAGUAAGCAAGAGAAUGUACUUAGGUACAGUAUAUAGCAUUAAUCAUAAUGUCAAUAUUUGUAGGAAGAAGAAGAAGAGAUGGAAAGGAUGGGAUCAGUGUGGUUUCUACUUGAGCUAGCUAUGUGUUCAGCAAUGGUGGGAAUGCUUGUCUCUGUUCAUGGCCAAGACCAAAACCCCGCAGGUUUCAUAAGCAUCGACUGCGGGGCACCAAAUGAUUACCCCGACAAUCGCCUCCGCAUACAUUACAAGACAGACGAGGAAUUCAUAGAUUCUGGAAAGAACGCGCAAAUCUCCACCGACGUCAUCUAUGAUUACAAACAAUCACAGUCGAAGAACUUGAGAUUCUUUCCUACUGGAAGCAGAAAUUGUUACACACUUCGACCUGAUCAAGGCAAGGGCAACACGUAUCUGAUCCGCGCUUCAUUCUACUACGGGAAUUACGAUAACAGGAACAAGACCCCAGCAUUCGACUUGCACAUCGGGACUGAUUACUGGAUCACAGUGAACUCGUCUGACUAUCAUUACAAAGAAAUCAUUCAUGUUCCCACCACCGACACCAUUCAAGUCUGCCUCAUCAAUACUGGAAAUGGCUCACCUUUCAUUUCAUCAUUGGAACUGCGAUUGGUAGAUAGUUCAAUUUACCAGCUCUCGAAUUUGACAUCACUAUCAAACGCCUGGCGAUACGACAUUGGUAGUUCAUCAGAUACGACAUAUAGGCAUCCCCAAGAUGUCUAUGAUCGCAUGUGGUCAGGAAAUAGUUAUGAUUAUGUGACUAUCAACAGCACAUCAACCACUGGGCUAAGCAACAACAAUGAUGCAUACAAAGUCCCGGCAGAAGUUCUGAAGACUGCUCAAAAAGCAACCGAUGUCAACCCUUACAUAUAUGUAUCUUGGUCGUCAAACUCCACCGACGAAUGGUGCUUCUAUUUCCACUUCGCGGAAAUAGAGCGGUUGCCGACUGGCCAACGGAGGGAGUUCACAAUUUCUGUGAGUGAUAGAUUGAUGGAUACUGUCACUCUCGAGUACCUGAAGCCUGUAACUGUUGCUUCACAAAUCGUCACUGGGCCCAAAAUUAACUUUUCGAUCGAUGCGACACAGCAAUCGGGCCAACAUCUACCAAUCCUCAAUGCCAUUGAGAUUUUUACCAUUGUCAAACACCUGAACGUACCAACAGCCAUGGAUGACAUUACUGCUAUCAACGACAUCAAGAAAGCAUACAGCAUAAAUGGAAGCAGCUGGCAGGGCGAUCCAUGUGUACCUGCUGAUUUCAUAUGGAAAGGCCUGGAGUGUAGUCACGACAAUCCUCCAAGAAUCGUAUCGCUUAACUUAAGCUCCAUCCCGUUGAGGCGAGAAGUGGUUUCUUCGAUCUCCAACUUACUUGCAUUGGUGUCCUUGGAUCUAUCCGGUAGCCAAUUGACUGGGCCAGUACCGGAAUUUUUAGCGAAACUGCCAAACUUGAAAUUUCUUAAUUUAAGCGGAAACAAACUCAAUGGUUCUAUUCCUGAGAGCCUUCAGAAGAAGGUUGAUGACCAAAUAUUGCAAUUAAGAAUGGAAGGUAAUCCAGAUCUUUGCAAGAAAGGUCUUUGUAAGCCAAAAAAGAAGGGGAAGUCCAUCCUUUUCACUGUAAUUGCUUCAGCUUCAGGCUCAAUUGUUGCCAUGUUAAUGGCUCUAGCGAUCGUCUGGAGAAUUAAAACAACAAAACGAAAAGGAGCACAAACUACACAGCCUAUCAAAUCAAAAUACCGACCCUUCAUGUAUAGUGAGGUUUUAAAAAUUACUGACAACUUCAAGAAUGUUAUUGGAGAAGGAGGAUUUGGAAAAGUUUACCUCGGAGCACUGGCCAGUGACACCAAAGUUGCCAUAAAGUUGCUCUCACGAACAUCGAAACAAGGAUGCAAGGAGUUCCAAGCGGAGGCCCAACUGCUCAUGAUUGUUCACCACAGGAACCUCGUCUCUCUGGUUGGAUAUUGUGAUGAUUCCGAGCACAUGGCAUUGAUAUACGAGUUCAUGGCAAAUGGAAACUUGCGGAAACAAUUAUCAAAUCAGAGCAGGGGUACACACAUCUUGACUUGGAGGGAGAGGCUACGAAUUGCAAUUGAUGUUGCACAAGGAUUGGAUUAUCUACACAAUGGUUGCAAGCCUCCCAUUGUCCACAGAGACCUGAAGACUACAAACAUCUUGUUGAAUGAGAGCUUACAAGCAAAGAUUGCCGACUUCGGGCUAUCAAAAGCUUUUGCCGCAGAUAAUGACACUUACAUUUCAACUCAACCUGCUGGGACGCCAGGGUACCUUGAUCCUGAGUUUCACUCAUCGGGAAACUUAAAUAGGAAAAGCGAUGUUUACAGCUUCGGAGUCAUUCUCCUGGAGCUGAUCACUGGAUACCCGGCUGUGAUAAAAAAUGCAGACGAAACCAUGCAUGUACUCCAUUGGGUGACUCCGAUUGUCCAGAGAGGUGACAUACAGAGCAUAGUGGAUUCGCAGUUAGAUGGGGAAUUUAAUGUCAACUCUGCAUGGAAAUUGUUGGAGGUAGCAAUGCAAUGUGCAUCGACAACUGCAAUCCAGAGGCCAGACAUAAGUCGCGUACUAGCCGAACUAAAGGAAUGUUGGGAUAUAGAGAUGGGGCUCGAGAGAAGUCAGAGAAUGGGAAGCAGCAAGAUAAGAUCGGCCAAUUCUUUUGAGAUGACGUCCACGGAAAUUGAAUGCGACUCUCUACCUGAUGCAAGAUAGCUCUAUAGUUAUCUGUAUAUCCAAAUUUCCAGGGGCUAGAUGUAUUACCUAUUUUGAUAGUCCUAUAUGAGAUUUUUUUUUUUUUGGUGUGAGUAAAAGGGCUAAACUUCUCUAUAAGUACAUGUAAUAUUCUUAUUUUUGUUCCGCUUCAUACUUAUUGACAGUCGACACCCAAUUUCGUAUAUGUAGAUCAUUAAUAUUUAUUUCAAUAAGGCCCAAGAACAGAAA